CCCAUCGAUCAUCCUAAAGACAUACAGCAAAUAAUCUCGGAUUCCUAUUAGGGUUCUCUCUCUCUCUCUCUCUCUCUCCAUAUCGCCUAUUUAAAGGUGUGAACUCUCUCUCUCUAGCACACAAGCUCCUCUCAUCGCAUCCCUUACUGUUCCUCUCCCACUCUCACUCUCCAAAAAACUAAGAUGGGUUUCAGUCUGGUUUCAAACCUGACCAUCUGAUGAUACUAUAAUUUUCCUGCUACUUCCACUGAGCUUGCAAUCGAUUAAUGCCGUUACAGACAUACAUCUGUCCACAUUAUUCUACUCAUCGGCUCUCUCACUCCCACUCUCUCUCUCAGAGACUCAGAGUUGAAUGAAAUAGAAUUUCAAUCUACCAGUGAUACUGAAGGCUCCUUUGUUGGUUUCACCUCUGCUUCCUUUUCGUCAUUUGCAUGGUCAAAGAUUUUCAAAUCGACACAACCGCCGUCGAAACUCCGGAAUCACAUUGUCGGAUCGGUUAAACCCCUCCACAGCCAUGAAGGAGCAGGACCUUCUCCGUCGACUCGAGAAAUUCCCCGGCGAGAACCCAGACAUCGGCGUCGACUGCGAGCUCAGACUCGGUCUCUCCUACUCUCGUCCCAACCCACCGCAAUCUCAGACGAACUAUCGAAAGAUCAUCUACGACUCUCCUCCUCCUCCUCCUUCUCCCCCUGCACAGGUGAUGGGGAACUACGGAAUGGUGAACGGGAACUAUGGAGUGAUGAUGAAUCCAAGGGGAGCUUCAAUGAACAACGGCUGGGGAGUCAAUGGGUCGAACCAACUGACCUGGUUGCCGGCCAUGGUGAACCAUCCGAGCAACAACGGCAAUAGGAGGGAUGGGUUCAGUUACUAUGUGGGUUCGUCUUCUGCUUCAGGUAGCAAUAAUCCAACUGUGAUGAAUGAUUUCCGGCGAUAUGCCGGUGCCGGUGCCGGUGCCGGGGGUCUGCUGCCGAUACAGAUGCAGCGGAAUAACGUCACGGUGAUGAACAACAUAAUUCAGAUGAUACCACAGCCGGAGCGUCCGGUUGCCGUUGGUCCAGUCAAGCGUUGCGCUGCUUGCGAGACCUCCACCACCCCAUUAUGGCGCAACGGCCCCAAGGGCUCCAAGUCACUGUGCAAUGCUUGCGGCAUCCGGUAUAAGAAAGAAGAGAAGAAGGCUUCGGGAAGCACAGACAGCCCUCAGAAAUCUAAGGUUGGUGGGUCUGCCAAGGGAAGAGACUCCACCAAGAAGCCCAAGUUCUAAGACACAUGUUGCUCUUUCCGCCAUCUGACUCUUUUUUCCAUCUGUUCUUUGGAAUUAAGGUUUCUUGUUAGGAUUGUAAAUUAAAUGGGCCAUGGUUCAGACUGGAAUGCUGAAUGCUUCGAUGAUUGGUGGUAAUUUGAAUAAAAGUUUUCGGUUUCAAAAUAAGGCUUUUCUCUUCUGGGUCUUUCUUCUGCAGGCUCGUGAGUUUUAUAUUGUAUUUAUUUUGUUUGCUUGUAGGUUCCUGAGAGAGAGAGAGAGAGUUUAUUCCAUCUGAUAUUAUGUAUUUGAUGAGUUGAAAGAGGGGUGAUUAUUUCAACUUUUAACUUGCCCAUAAGAAAUGCCUUUUACUGUGUAAGA